AUGUCCUUGUCUAAAACCCCGCCGAAGUCAGUAACCGAGCUACUCACACCGGCUGAGAGAUACAUCAAUAUGGAAGAAACCAUGGCCCCAAAAAGGGAAGUUACCUCAUCAGGGAGGUCCAACAUCCUGAUGGAGAUCAAAGACUCUAGGGAACUGAAAUGGCCUCCCCGAUUGCGGUCUCCCCUCGAUACACGUGACAAGAGCAAAUACUGUGAUUUCCAUAGGGAUCACGGCCAUACCACAGAAGAUUGUCUGGCCUUAAAGCGGGAAGUCGAAGCUCUUAUAAGAAGAGGAUUUCUGAGCUCUUUAACAAUGACAAACGCCCGAGAGGAUCGGGGAAACAAGCAACCAACUGCAGGCACUAUCAAUAUCAUUGUUGGAGGAACAAUCUCGGGAGAAGACUCUAGCAGUGGGCGAAAACAGUAUGCCAGACAGCCACCGAUCAUCUCAAGACCAGAUCUUGGUCGUACAGAGGACAUCAGUUUUGGAAUGGAUGACUUGGAAGGCAUAGCAUUCCCCCAUGAUGAUGCCCUUGUCAUAUCGGCCAUCAUCGCCAACUUUGAAGUCAAGAGAAUUCUGGUAGAUAACGGAAGUGCAGCAAACGUACUCUCUCACGAAGCUUUUGUUCAAAUGGGGAUCUCGUCAGAACAACUAAAGCUAGUGAAAACACCCCUGCAAGGGUUUGGAGGUGGGGUCAUCACUCCGGAAGGUAUCGUCGGGUUACCCUUAACAUUAGGAACCGAAGGUAAGCAGGUAACGUAG